AUGUCUGCUCCUCAAAUUCCUCAGCAGCAGUGGGCUCAGAUCUUCGAGAAGACUGGUGGUCCCAUCGAGUACAAGCAGAUUCCCGUCCAGAAGCCCGCUGCCGAUGAGGUCCUCGUCAACGUCAAGUUUUCCGGUGUCUGCCACACUGAUCUCCACGCCUGGCAGGGUGAUUGGCCCCUCGACACCAAGCUGCCUCUUGUCGGAGGCCACGAGGGUGCUGGUGUCGUUGUCGCUCGCGGCGAGCUUGUCAAGGAUGUCCAGAUCGGCGAGAAGGUCGGUAUCAAGUGGCUCAACGGAUCUUGCUUGAGCUGCUCUUACUGCCAGAACGCCGACGAGUCUCUCUGCGCCGAGGCUCUUCUCUCCGGCUACACAGUCGACGGCUCUUUCCAGCAAUACGCCAUUGCCAAGGCUAUUCACGUUGCUCGUAUCCCCGAAGAGUGUGACCUCGAGUCUAUCUCACCCAUUCUCUGCGCCGGUAUCACCGUCUACAAGGGUAUCAAGGAGUCUGGUGUCCGAGCUGGCCAGUCUCUUGCCAUUGUUGGUGCUGGUGGUGGUCUCGGUUCCAUCGCUGUUCAGUACGCCAAGGCUAUGGGCAUCCACGCCAUUGCCAUCGAUGGUGGUGAGGAGAAGGAGAAGAUGUGCCUUGAGCUCGGUGCCCAGAAGUUCAUUGACUUCACCAAGAGCCAGAACCUUAUCGCCGAUGUCAAGGCUACCACCUCUGACGGUCUCGGUCCCCACGCUGCUCUCCUCGUCGCCGCUGCUGAGAAGCCCUUCUCCCAGGCUACCCAGUACAUCCGCUCUCGUGGUACCGUCGUGUGCAUUGGUCUCCCCGCCGGUGCCCAGUUCUCCGCUCCCGUCUUCGACACCGUUGUUCGCAUGAUCUCCAUCAAGGGCUCUUACGUCGGCAACCGCGCUGAUUCCGCUGAGGCCAUCGACUUCUUCCGCCGUGGCCUCAUCAAGGUUCCCUUCAAGACCGUCGGUCUCUCUGAGCUUAACGAUGUCUUCAAGCUCAUGAAGGCUGGCCAGGUUGUCGGCCGCUACGUCGUCGACACCAGCCGAUAA